UUCGGAGGUUAGGUGAGACCAAUUUAGCAAGUCCCCCGAGGGAGGAUUUGUUGUUUUACGCUCAGCGCAGCCGAUAGCUCUGCUCGCAGGGAUGAAAGUGGAAUUAAGGUUGUAAUCGGAGGCACGGAGUGUUCCACCACGAGGUUCCUGUCCUCCAAAAUGUGCAUCAUUUUGUGAUGAAGUGCCGGCAAGUGACUCCCUCACCAAUCUCAGUCAGUACUAAUCUUUAUGGGGUGUACAAGAUUGAAUCAACUUUCUGAGAGAAAAACCAACAAGUGGCCGCUGAACCUUUUACUGCUGCAGCGACAGUCCCCAUUUUCACAGCUGCUGAAUGGCUCAAUUUCUCAACUGCCAGGAUAGAUAAGAUGAACCUAGAGGAGAAGGAACCCCACCUUUCCAAGUCAAGAUGAAAGCCUUCGAAACAAUGUCAGUUUUAAUGAGUUUGGCGAUUUAAUUUGUUUCCUACAUCUCACUGAAGUGGCAGACAGCAUGGAGAUUGGCAGAUGACAGGGCCAGCUCAUCAACACUACCCUGAAGAAUAAAGAUGGACUGUGGACUGUUUUAACACAAUGAAGGGACAUAAUGGAAGUCGUAGCCAGUCACAGCACUCGUCUGGGCACACUUGCCACUGUAUGCCUGAGGAUUGUGACCCUUCCCAUGAUUAUUUACAUCACAGUCAAGACCCUAGGCAAUCUUACAUGCUUAGUCCGACAGAUUCCUGUUCGAUGGACCAUCACUACUGCAUGUCCAGGAGUACCAUGCCGUCCGAAUGUCCUGCAGUAUCGAUGAGCAUGACCGAGCAGAUGUCCUCCAGCAGUACAUUCCCCAGGAUGCACCAUAACCCGCAGUAUGAGUCUUGCGAUGACUGCAUGGCUGCCACCCACACUUCCGGCAAGAUCAAUCGACUACCUGCCAACCUGCUGGACCAGUUUGAGAAGCAGUUGCCUCUCCAUCAUGAUGGGUUCCACACACUUCAGUACCAACGGGCAAGUUCGGCUGAGCAGCGGAGUGAGAGUCCCAGCAGGAUACGGCACCUGGUGCACUCUGUGCAGAAGCUUUUUGCCAAGUCUCACUCCCUAGAAGCCCCUUCAAAGGGAAAUGUGAAUGGUACGAAAAUGGAGGGAAGAGGUGGGGAAAGCCAUCAUCACCAUCAGCACCACCACCAGCACCACCACCAAUCUAGGUCAACAAAGAGGAGCAAAAGCAAGGAGCGCAAAUCUGAAUCUAAGCACAGAGCCAAGAUCGCAGGAUGGUGGAGCUCAGACGACAACCUCGACAGUGACAGCAGUUACAUGAUGGCCACUGGAGCCAGUAGGCACUCUAUGGAACAGGCCACUCAAUACUGUACAGAACCCAUCGAAAGUGCCUGCAGAGAUCUGACCCUCAAGAGUUUAAAAAGCAGCAGCGAAGGGAAAUGUUCGGCCUGUGCGGCUAUGCCAAUGUUGACUGAUUCACAACACAUGAAAAGAAGCAUGUGGUCCACCAUGACGGUAAACCAGGCCAGAGAGGCCUAUCCUAGCUCGGGUCUGGGCCAAGAUAAAUCUUUAAUGCUUCAGGACAAGGCACAAGAAAGGGCUUACCAUUAUCUUCAGGUGCCCCAGGAUGAAUGGGGUGGUGGCUAUCCAGGAGUGAACAAGGAUGGUGAAAUCCCUUGUCGGAGAAUGCGCAGUGGCAGCUACAUCAAAGCAAUGGGCGAUGACGAAAGUGGAGACUCUGACGCAAGCCCGAAAAUGUCACCCAAAGGAGCUUCUCGGCAUGAGACCUAUCCAAAGCUGUCGGGUUCGGGAGGCAGCAGUGAACCGAGUCGCUCAAAAUACAGCUGUAAGCACUGCUCUGAUCCAUACAUUUGCAGCCACUCCUACCUGCAAGGACAAGCUACAAUGAACUACAGUCUGGAUAAUCUGCACCGGUCCAGUCUCCGUACUCCACCGAAGCUUCUACCCAGGAGUCAAGGUUACAGUCGACUGCUCAGUGCCAACAAUCAGAUUGGCGAGGCUGAUCAGAACAGACAGUUCGAAGUGGUGUGUGAGUCAGUCUUUGGAGAAAUGGAAUCUCAAGCUGUGGAGGCUCUCGACCUGCCUGGCUGUUUCCGAAUGCGAAGUCAUAGCUAUCUGCGUGCCAUUCAGGCUGGAUGCUCACAGGAUGAUGACUGCUUGUCUGUAUUUUCUAUGUCAGCACCCAUGAUGCCUGCCACGAGUGUCGGUGCUAUUAAAUCCAGCACUUCAUUUAACUACAAGAAAGCUCCUCCAGUUCCUCCUCGAAUGGCCACAAAGCCAAUCAUCUCAGUGACAGCCCAGAGCAGCACAGAGUCAACCCAGGAUACAUACCUGCAGAAUGAGGUCCAUCGGUCCACCUCCUGGUCAAAAGAUCUUAAAUCCCAGUGCAAUUCAACAGACAGUAUUGACAGUGGCAAAGCGCUGCACCUGGCACUGGAGUCUCGUGCCCCAAGUCGUUCUUCAAUAAAGAGCUCUGAUGGAACUGGAAUUAGUAAAGGCAUUCUGAAUCGUGAUGAACCAAAGCUACAGCCACGCCAAAGAAAGUGGCGUUCGUCCAUUGGGAUACAGGUUGAUAGUUCAGAGACUAUGACUGAUUCUGACACAGAUAGUAAAGGCCUUCGGGAGUUCCAUUCUAUUGGAGUGCAGGUUGAAGAUAAUAAACGGCAUGCCAGGUUUAAGCGUUCAAACAGUGUGACAACAAGUGUUCAGGCGGACCUUGAAUUGGAGGGCAUUCCUGGUCUGUGUGUGAACACAGAGGACAAGGGCUUUCAGUUUGGCCAGUCAUUUGAGCGGCAUUCCUCAGAGCCGGAACAAUCCAAUGAGUACACUUCAUUCAGAACUGUUCACACACAAGGACAAUGGGCGUACAAGGAGGAUUACCGAAUGCGCUAUGAUAGUGCAGAUGCCCAGCGCCAGGACCACUGGGGAGAGGCCAGUGUUCACAGCCUCCCGGAUCCUGGCAGAAUGUCUCCAUGCCACAGAGAUGGUGACUGGUUUAUCAAGUUACUGCAGGCAGAAGUGGAACGAUUAGAAGGAUGGUGUCAGCAGAUGGAGAGAGAAGCUGAGGAGAAUGACCUACCUGAAGAGGUACUUGAGAAGAUUCGCAGCGCAGUAGGCAGUGCCCAGCUCCUCAUGUCACAGAAGUUCCAACAGUUUUACCGGCUAUGCCAGCAGAAUAUGGAUCCAAAUGCGUUUCCUUUGCCUACGUCCCAGGAUCUUGCAGGAUUCUGGGAUCUCUUGCAGCUGUCAGUUGAAGAUGUGACUUUGAAGUUUGAUGAGCUUUUGCAGAUAAAAGCCAAUAAUUGGAAAUUGCUGGAAGCGUCAGACAGAAAGGAUGAAGUGAAGAUCCCUCCUCCUAUACCAAAGAAACCCACGAAGGGAAGGUUACCCGCAGCCCGGGAGAAAUCAUUGGAACUUGCUGACAGACGCAGGCAGGAAGCGAGGAAACGACUAAUGGCUGCCAAGCGAGCAGCUUCAUAUCGGCAAAACUCUGCCACAGAAAGUGCAGAUAGCAUCGAAAUCUACAUCCCUGAAGCCCAAACAAGGCUUUGAAAUUGCACUGUGCCAUUUGGCAGGAACAUUGUCUUCAACUUCAGCUUUAUUUCUUAUGUACAAGGGAUGACAAAGCCAGGCCAAGGGCAUAUUUGAAUCCUGCUGUCUGGCCUCAGCACUAGCAAGCAUUAACAUUCCUCUUGUGUUCUUUUAUGUUGUCAUGGUGGACCAAUUAUAUUUUCUUCUGUUUUUAAAUGAAGCUGCAGUCUAAUAUAUUUUGUGCACAAAUUCUUUCUAAUGCAUCUGAGUGAAAGAACGACGUGAAGACAGUUCUGGUCUGACUCAAGAAGCAUGCCGCUGUAAGCAUCCCGCUGUCAUUUGUACUCAUUUUUUAACUUUUGUUUCAGUAGGAAACUGCACUUCACCAGGACAAAACGCCAGACCUAUGAGUCCAUGAAAGUUUCAUCCUUCAAUUUCACUGGAAUUAUCUUUCCAAUCUGAUAUUUACCAGUGGCUUAUUCUUGAUGUGACAUAUUUUAUUGAGACAUCGUGACUGUUGUUAAAUUUGUCACUGGUCUUAGAAAGUAGAUUAUUUUGUUUAAAUAGAAUAAGAUUUACAUACAAAACUGUGAGAAUUGCAAAAAUCUGAACCCGCAAGGGAAAUGGUCCAGAAAGUGCUGAGUUCAGUCAACAUUUGAAAUUAUUCGACUCCCCAGCAAUUUCAUGUUGUCCAUUGCAAUGAACCUUUGGUACUGGGAAUUGGGCAGUGCAAUUAAUGUAUCCCUUUCCUUUGGGGACAUGGAUGCAGCCAAGCUGAACAGGAUGAAACACUCCCCUCAACACCCCCAACCUGUCCUUCUGUACAAAAGAAUGUGAUAUUACAGACACAAGUACACAAGCAGAACAACAGAAGUGCCAAAUGUAAAAAAUAUCUCCUCUCUUUCUCUGUCGCUCUCUCUCUUUCUGUAUGUCUAUCUGUCUCUUUCUGAAAUGGCUGUAAGAAGCCUACAUAGAAUAAGUUUUACACAGCGUGGUUGGGUUUUCAGUAAGCAGGACCCACAGUACAAAACCUUGCCCAUACCAUGGCAUUCACAUCUGCUUAAGUAGAAUUCUGAGUUGGUGUGAAAAGGAAAACGUUGCUGUAGUGCAUCUGGGUAUGCCCUUCAGAGGUCACAAUUCAGACCAAUUGUUGGAAGGAUGUAGAGGGAGGCUUGUGAACAACUUCCUGUUUGUGUAUUUAACCUGGGGACUGAAUAAUACUGACAGUGAGUGGAAACAAAGUGGAAAUAUGUUCACUUCUGUGACAUUGGCCAUUGCUCAUCCCAAGUGCACAAAUCAACAAUAGCUAAUGUCACUUUUGGAAAAUAGCAUCACUCCAAAUUUGCUGGUGAAACCCACAAGACACUGGACAGGAAUUAAAAAUUAGGAAUUAUUGGUUUGUGAAAUUGGGAAAAGGAAAUAUACCAAAAGGCAUUGGGAAAAUUAUUGAGUGCAAGGGCUCAAACCGUGAAAGAAUUUAUCAGAGGUCCAAACUGCUGAAGGAACAAUGUAUUCAUGGGAACUAGUGCCAAGAACACUUGCAGCUAAAGAGAUUGUAAAAACUUUUUAAGUUGUACUUGCAUGGUAAGGUAGCACUGAUUUGCUGGGAUGCGUUAACCACAAAAAAUGUCUAAUAUGCAAUAGGCUAUGUAAUGGCAAGACAAAUGGACUACAUUCUACGGAAACGAUUGCACGGUAUUUGGUCACUCUACAAUAACAAGAGGAGUAUGAUAUUAAACAGCAUGAUAAGCAGGUUGCAUUCAUACAUUGUAAAUUCCAAUUCUAGAAGGCAAGCCAUGGGAGGCCUGGUGGCAGAGAAUUUUCAAGGGUCCUUAUCACUGAGACUGCUACAAUUUUAACAAGAUAAUAUUCCUAUUUGGUGGUUAUCACUGCGACAAAGAUUCACUUCAGUGAAACAGAUUUAUAUUAAAGUCUUUCAGAGAACAGUGCAAGUCUUGUCUGUAUUAGAGACCUUCAGUUGAUUUUUCUUCUCUUCUGACUGCUGUUUUUGUACAUCUGAACUUGGCACUGGCCAAUAUAUAUACAGUAUAUAAAGAAUUCUGCCAAUACAGAGUCUUUGAACAUUUCUUACAUGUAUAUACGAUAGAGAUACGCUUGAAGGAUCUUAUUGCAGGUUUAUUUUCCAAUGUGCCAGGUUUAACACCAUCAUAUCCUUGGAUUAUUUAUACUCAAGUUGCUGACAUAUCAGGUUAAUAAUUGAGUUCCAAACAGUAUGUUUUGCAAAUACUUGGGCAGUAUCUGUGGAGAGCAAAACAUAAAGUUACAGACCAGUAGCCCUUCAACUGAACAUACCUGGAAUUUUCUAAUUCCAUUCCUCUUUCUGCAAAUGCUACUUCAACUUCUGAACAUUUCCAGCAUUUUAUUGUUUUUCUAAAUUCCCAGCAUUUGCCGUAUAGUGGAGUUUCCCGGUUUUAAAUCUAAAUGAAUAUUCCAACAGAUUCCAAACUCUGUUGACAUCCCAACAUCUGGCAGCCAAUUUAUCAAGUGGCUUGGAGCCUUGCGAAAUGCAGUUUCUUUACAAAGAGACUGGAGAAAUUUGUUUUUCUUUAUUCAUUCACAGAAUGAGGGAGUCGCUGGCCAGGCAGCAUCUUUUGCCAAUCCCAGUUGCCCAGAGGGCAGUUGAGAGUCAACCACAUUGCAGUGUGUCUGGAGUCAUAUAUAGGCCAGACCAGGAAAGGAUGGCAGUUUCCUUCCCUAAAGGACAUUAGUGAACCAGAUGGACUUUUCUGAUAAUCGGCAACAGAGUCAUGGUUAUUCCUAGAUCCCUAAUUGCAGAUAUUUUUUAUUGAAUUCAGAUUCCACCAUCUGCCUAGGCGGGAUUCAAAAUGUUAUCUUGGUCUCGGGAUUUACAGGCCAGCAGUAAUACCAUUAGGUCAUUGCCGCACCCCCAAAUACGUUGAAUUACAAAUGGAAAAAUGCAGAAAACAUUCAGCAGGUCUCACAGCAUUUGUGGAGAGAGAAGGAGGAUUGAUGUUUCCGGUCUAAGGCCUUUCUUCAGAACUGAAAUAAUAACAGGUUUUAAGUAAGUGCAAAGGGAAAGGGAGACGAGUGGAAAGAACAAUAGGGCAGAUCCCUCAAAUGGUGGAGGCAGGAGAAAUUAGAAUACAAUUGCCACAAGGCCAGAGUUGAUGAUAAUGGGUCAAAUAAAGAAAGAAUAGCUGGGGAGAGAUGAGUUGAAAAUAAUACAGGGCCAGAGAUUAUGAUCAGAAAUUGCUGAACUGUGUUGAGCCCGGAAGGCUGUAAGGUGUCUUUUUGAAAGAUGAGGAGCUGUUCUUCCAGCCUAUGUUGCUCUUCAUUGAACACUGUGUGUAACUAAGAACAGAGAGAUCUCAGAGGGAAUGAAGCAGAAAAUUACAAUAAUAGGCAACAAUAAACUCAUAGCCAUGCUUGUGGAUUCAAACUGAAGGGUUUCUCAAAGUACUCAAUCUGUAUUUGGUAUUCCCAUCGCAGUAAAGCCUGCAUUGUGUGCAGUGAGUACUGAAUGUUACAUUGAAAGAAAUACAAAUAAAUUGCGGCUUCACCAGAAGGCUAUGUUCAAGGUAUCUCGGUGAUGAGUAGGACAGAGGUAAAAGGCCAGGUGUUUCAACUUGCAUGCAAAGUACUAUUGAAAAGGGAAUGCAUAUGAUUGGGGUAUGGAUCAUUGGAGUGGACGGAAUGGUCCUUAUGGAAUGCUGAAAAGAGAGUAUGAGGUAAAACUUGGUAGUGACAUCACAUUGGAGAUAGUGAAAAAUGAUCCAUUGAAAAUGGGGUGGGCUGGGUUGUGAGGUGAGGAUAAGGAGAAUUCAUUCUUGGAUCUGAGCUGGAGGGGAAGCAGUGAGUGGAACUGCAAGGAUAUGGAAUGGACAUAGUUGAGGACCAUAUUAACCACAGUGAGCAGAAUCUUUGGAUGAGGGAAAGGGAAGAUCUGUCAGAAGAUGUAUAGAAGCUGGUGUUUUCAAAACACAUGACUCAUACUUAGAAACAUGAAGACUUGAUAGAGUCCUUAUUGAAGUCAGGGAUUGUUGUAAAGAUAGCUAUGGGAAUAAGUCAGUUUAUGAUCAAUAUUCGGCAAUUGUCUAUCCUUGCACAUGGAGAUGGAGAAGUCAAGGAAAGGAAGAGAAGAGGCAAAGAUGACCCAUGUGAAGGUGAGAGUAAGACAAAAAAAUUACAUCUUUAAAAAAUCAUUUUAAUUGGAGGAAAUGAAAAGAGUCAAAUGAGAAUCUGUAAAAUGUGAAAAAGUUUCAGCCAGCAGGAAACUUAUGACAGGUGGUAUUGAACAAAGCCCCUAGGAAGAAUUUUAAAAAUUCUUGUGGGAGAUGAAUAUUUCGAGAGAUUGGGUGUCCAUGGUGAAGAAAAGAUGGUAAAUACCACGACACUAGAAAUCGUGAAAGAUCCCCACAGCAUGGGAGAAGUUGCAGAUGCUGGACAAGAGGAGAUAAAAUAAAAUUGAGAAAAUAAGAAGUCAGUUCCAAGUAGGAAUGAAAAGAAUGAAACAAUGACCAUUACAGCAAUCCUGUUAGUGAAGCAUUUAGAAGCAGACUCUGCUAUGAGAAACUGUAAGCUCAGAGGCUGUGGAAAAGUUUCAACAGAUGUUAAAACUGAUUGGAAAUGAUAGCUUGAUACUGGCUGCUGAGAGAUAUCAGAGAGUUGACAUUCAACCUCUAUUAAUUAAUUGCCAAUAGACCAAAUUACUGUGCCACCUUUGUCAGCAGGUGGGAUGAUAAUAUGGGGGAUCAACGUGAGAGAAUGGAGUGCUGUGAGUUGUAGCUUAGAGAGAGGGAGGGGAGCAUAAAAGUUGAGCUGGACUCAUAACAUCAGUUCUCAACCUAAAGUUGGGAGGCCAGAGUGAGGAAACCAGUUAGAAUGAGCUUUCUGAAGAGCAAAGGAAAGUUCCUUUGGAUGUGGGGAAGAUUUCUGGUCAACUAUGUGAGCGUAGAGGCAAAGAUGGUGGAAGAAGAGCUCAAGUGGUAAUUGCAGUGCGAUAGAAUCAUUAGCAGAUUAAACCCUGGACCAAUUAUUUGGUGUCAAUAGAAGGCAACUUCAGACUGGAUGGUGAAAAUUCAACAUAGGUGAGUUUGGAAAAAUGGUGAGGUCAAAGCAACCAGAGGGACAUUAGCAUGAGGUAUUAAAACUUUGAUCUUUGAAACCAGAAUGGAAGAACAUCAUGCUUUUAGUUAAAACACCAGAUGACAAGCAUAAAAAUUGGUCUGUGGACCAGGAUGUCUCUAAAGGAGAGUGAGUUGGUACUGAUAGCGUGCUUGAGGGCAUGCAUGGGGUCGUGCAAGGCAUUGAGCAUGGCCCUCAGGAAGCAGCAAGAGCAGUGGUGUGAAUAUCUUGGAGAAAUCUGUAAAAUUAAUAAUGUGAAAUGUGAUUCUUGGUAGUUCAGCUACAAUCGUGGAGAAUGGUCGAAAUUGAGGCUCUUACUAAGGAAAUAGGUGUGGUUAUGAUCAGGUGAAGAGAAGCAGAAAAUGAUGAUAGUGACAAAGGUAAAACAGCAACAGCGAUCCUGCCAGAGCUCAGAGCAGAGGUACAUCAAAGUGGAACAAUCCCUGAAAGAAGUUGAUGUGAGUUAAUUAUUGAUACAAAAGCAACGAAUUUCAAGUAUCCAUGUUUCCCUACUUAUGUGCGAUAUUCAAGGCAGCAGGCCAAGGAACUGAAUGCAACUCCUUCAAGGGGUCUAACAUUUUUGUCAAAAUAUUUACGUCUAAACUGAACUCAGCUUUAAAAAAACAACAUAGAAUUGAUUUGAAUGUUAAUUAUCUUUACACUAUACAACCUUAAUGAUGCAACAACAUUCAAAGUUAGGUGUGUCAAAAUCUGACAGAUUUGACCUUUUUAAAGUAAAUAUUUUGACAAGUUGCACAAUUAAUUAAUGCCUUACAUUCUUCUUCAUUCUUUUAAGACUCUUCCCUUUCUUCUUUCUUAUGUCAGUGUUUGUUCUGGUUCUUUACUGUUGAUGUAAUCUGCUACUUAAAAAACAACUACCCAGCCCUCUUUCUAGACAGCGUCUAAAAAUACAUUUGACAUUUAAUUAUUGCACUGAAGCUAUGAAUCAGUAUGAUGCAUUUAGAGCAAAUAGUUUUUGCAUAAUGUAAAAAGAUAAUUGCUGUUAACAUAAAUUAUGACUUGAAUUCAGAUUUAAAGUGAAUAUAAAAUGCACCCAGCGGACAGCUUAAAUAAAGGAUGGCUAUCUUAUGCUGGAAUAUUGAAAUUUUAAAAAUAUUAUUAUUGACAUUGAAAGCAGACGUCGGAAUUCAGUCAAUGUAUUUAAUUCACUGCAUUUAAGAAGUAAAAUUUGCUGAAUAUUUUGUUUUUGUUCAUUCAUGCAAUAUGGGUAUGACUGACUAGGCCAGCAUUUAAUGUCCAUCUCUCUUUGGCCUGAAUUGCAGACCUUCAGAUGUAGGGACACCCUCAGUGCUAUUGGGAAGUACAUACAGUGACUAUCAAGAUGUACACACUAAGUGUAACGGUAGAACUUUACUGUUUAUUAAACACAGAAGAACAAGGAAGGGUUAAAGAUCAACUCUUCAGCAGCAGAUGGGAAAGCAGCCAUAGUGAAAUGUCACAUCGAAUCAAAUCAAUCUGAUCUGUAGGCAAAGCAGAAAGGCUCGGAAUGUCAACUGACUAUUUUUUCAUAUCUUUUCGUAUCAUGUGUUAUAAACGUGGUUUCUGUUUACUCAUUGCACGUGGCAUUGCUGUCAAAGCUGGCAGUUGCGGUCACCCCCUAAUUGCUCUUGAGAACAUGACUGUCAGUCUAUUUGAACCAGGGUAGUCCAUAUGCUGAAGAAACUCCCACACUUGUCAGAUAAGGAGUUCCAGGAUUUGACUCAUCAACUGUGAAGACUGAUAUGAUAUAUGGCCAGGAUGGAGUGAAACGUACAUGCAAUGGAGUUCCAAUGUAUUUUCUGCCUGUGUAUUUAAUAGGCAACAGAUGUUCUGAUUUUGUUAUAAUGUGGAGGGGCCAUUGAAAGAGCCUUCUUGAGGCACAGAGGUAUUGUACCUACCCCUGGAAUGGGUAGCCUGGGUACAAGUACCACCUGCUCCGGAUGUGCAUAAUAGCAGCUCUGAACAGGAUGAUUUGAAAAAUAGUUUUUUUUUUAAACAAAGUCGUUGAUGGUUAUUUAAAUGCAUUUUUUAGGUGGUAUACACUGCAGUUGCGGUCCACUGAUGAUGGUGGAGGUGAACAUUUUCAGUGAUAUAUAGGAUGCCAGUAAGUGGGUUGUGUUGUCUUGGAUGCUGAUGAAGUUUAUGGGGAUUGCGGGAGCUGCACUAACCCAAGCAAGUGGGAGAUAUGCCAUCACCCUUUUGAAUUGUGGAUCGGAGAAGGUGGAUAAGGCUUGAGGCAUUAGGAAAUCUCCAUAAAUUCCUAAUCUCUGACAUGCUCUUGUCGGCUAGUCCAGCUAAGUUUCUGUGGUAAUCCCCAGGAUGUUGAUGCAGGAUGAUGUGAUGCAAUAAUUUCAUUAAACUCUCCCCAUUGCCUGACAUUCAUAAGGCAACAAUGUGACUGGAACAUGCAAGUUAUGAUGUUCUAAUGCAUCAGCAGCAACAGUCGUUUUUGAGUUGUAGAAUUUCAAAGGUGUCUAAAUGUUGUACAGAUGGGCUGCUUCGUUACCUGAAGAAUUAUGAAUAGAACUAAGCACUUUGCAAUCAACAGCAAACAUCACCCACUUCUGAUCUUGUGAUGGAGGAAAGAUCAUUGAUGAAACAUCUGAAGACAAUUGAAUCUAAGACUCCACCCCGAAGAAUUCUUGGGUGGCUGAGAUAAUUGACCUCCAAGAACCAUAGCAAUCUUCCUUUGUGCUGGAUGCAACGACAGUCAGUAGAAUGUUUACCCCGACUCACAUUGGUUUCAUUGUUAAUAGGGUUCCUUGGUGGCACCUCUAGUCACGUCCUGCCUUGAUGUCAAGGACAGUUACUUCUACCUCACCUCCCCUCUGUCUCGAAUUCAGCUCUUUAACCUAUAUUUGGACCAAGGUUGUAAUUAAAUCUGGCACUGAACUUUCCUUAGAGAUUGGGCUUCGAAGUAUUACAACACAGCACUCUUUUAAAUAAGAUCAAGGUAAGUAGAAAUUCUUUUCUGUCCAUUCUGUGAAACUGAUAAGCUUGUAUACAGGCAAUGCAGCAAUACCUUGACUUAAAAUACAUCCUCCACACACCAUUCCAUUCCACAGAACAGGAAUGGUAGGCAGGCUGCUUGAAGAAUAUAUAAUAGAGCCAGAGAUAACAAGGUGUAGAG